AUGGCCCCAACCACGCUGGUGACUUUUUUGGUUCGCAGUCCGCCUUCAACUAGAUCAGUUCACCUCUAUGGUUCGUGGGACAACUUCACCAACGCCUAUCCCAUGCAAAGGGACACACGCACGGGUCCUGAGCACUGGUCAGGUUGUCAUAGCUUCUCCAACAUCAUCUGCGACGGCGACGCAAAAGGCAAUGGCCUUCCCAGGCAAGGAGGGCUCAAGAUGGGUGGGACGUAUUGGUACUAUUACAAAUUGGACGACGAAAUCGAAUUCCACAACUCGGCCGAACCAUCAACCACCUCCUGUCCAAUGCUCCCUGGCCAACUGGUCAACGUCCUAAAUGUUCCCUUUGCGCUCACCACCAGCAGCCGCUCCCGCAAUGACAGCGUGAGCUCAAUCAGCUCUGACUAUCGCACCAUGGACCCUACAGACAAGUUCCUGAACCCACGACCAGUGCCAGCAAAGCCAUCCCUACCUCGCUUGAAGACUUCCCCAACCUUGCUUCAACAGUCGUGGUCCUCUUCCAGCUCCCCUGCCAGCUCUUCAUCUCUUCCUAGUAGAAGGGGAAGGUCGACAUCUACCACGACACCCUCUCAACCUGGCAGUGCUAAUGCUUACAGGGUUGUUCGAAUGAAGCCAUCCAUCGACGCCCCGUCGAGAUCCACUUCGCGCGGCAGCAACCGCUCUGUUGGUAUCAUUGGUGCUUUUCGAGCCCUCAAAUCACCACGAAUCGCGAGUCCUGAGGCUACAUUGGACCGAGGUCGUAGUCUCACAAAUGAUUCGGCAGCAAGGGAUCGUCCAAAGGCCGUAUCAGAGCGCAGUAUCACUCCCAAGAGGGCUGUACCCGGAACAGCUCCGCCGACUUCAGAGGUGGACGAUAACACAACGUCUGAGCCUCCAGGAGGACUUGCCCUGCGUCGAGCAUUUAACGAUGCGUCUGAAGCCUUCAAUCAUCUACCGAUAUCGUCCUUUGCACAACAUCGUCGCCAACGGUCUUUGUCGCGCGAGCCUUCAUCUCUGUGCAGUUCGAUUCAGCCGGACUCUUCUCCUGAUCUAGGAAUGCUUGAUCAGCCCGGUGUACAGUAUCAGCGCUUGGCGACCCUGAAGGAGGUUGCCUCGGCGACAAAUACGCCUGUUUGGCCUCUGACAGCGUUGAAAAUUGAGAGCGAAAAGGACAACGAGGUUCGCGGGGCUCUUGACUUGGAGAAACGCCUACCAACCUUACCUAAUACCCCGUCUUCUGCGUAUCCCCCGAGCGUCGUGGAUGCGCCUCUCAUCGGCGACGAUUCAGAUGACAUUGUCAAUCUUCGCAGUCAUUUCUCCUCUACCACCAUCGAAACGGAAUCGUACAGGGAGAGUUACAUUCACCAUGGUCACAGCCGUUUCUCGGAUUGGACAGACGGGACCACCACACUUUCACCACAAUCGGAACUCGCAUCGAGUAUUCUUGACUUUGAACCAAUCAGUCCAAUACCAGAAGUAGCCCUCGACUUGUCGAUUGAUAAUCCAAUUAACGCGUCGAAUCAAAUUACCGGCCAGGACCAUUCCGAGGAAAAGUGCUCCUCUGCUUCCAAACAAGACGGACUGCCUUCGGCCCUCAGUUUCUCAACGGUCAGCUCAUUUGCUUCUACCACUCCAAACUCUCACGUAGACCUUGACAGCGCCAAGGAUGGCCACUUUUCCUGGACCAGCUUUCAGCACUAUAGCCUGCCCUCAGAAGACGUUGGAUCAGGGCUCAUGCACAAACCAACGUCGCUUCCCAAGCAUGUGGCGCCUCUGGUCGUUGACGAAAACCAUCGUAUGGGAAUGUACCAACCUCAAGCAGCGAGUUACAACGAUUCGACGAUUCCCCACUCCACCAGUAUGCAACAGCUUCUCGCUGAGUUGAGCUAUCUGGGUGGCAUGAUUCAACAACAUUAA